AUGAAUUUUGCGAAUUAUUCCUUUCUGUCAUCUGCCAUCUUAGUACUUGCUGGUGUUCCUUUUUGGUUCCUACCCAGGUCUUUAACCAAACAAGGAGAGGAAGGGAAGGACAACUCUAAUGUGGAUCAGGACAACAAGGAGCAAACUGUCCUCCCAAACACACACUCAGUGAACCUGGCCGACAUUUCAAAAGGAUUCCUGUCUUCCCUGAAAAAACUCAUGUGUACUCCUACAUACUUCCUGUUGCUGUGUGGGAUUGUUUUGAAGUUCAACUCUUUCAUCGGCUUGCUCACCUUCAAAGCCAAAUACAUGGAGCAACAGUUUGGCCAGUCUGCAUCAAGAGCAAACUUCCUUAUUGGUGUCCUGAUCCUGCCUGUGGUUGCUGUGGGAAUAUUCUUGGGUGGUUUGUUAAUGAAAAGAUACAAGUUAAGCGUCAUGGCAGGGGCUCAGCUCUCCUUCAUCACCUCCUUCACGGCCUUCCUUCUCCUCCUCCUCCAUUUCGGCACAAAGUGUGACAAUGUGCCUGUGGCAGGGCUCACUGUGUUCUACAAUGGGACCCCUGGAACAUCACAGGAUGAGCGCUCACUCAUGUCUCAGUGUAACCAGGACUGUUCCUGCUCUACAUCUGAAUGGGAUCCCGUGUGCUCUGACAGUGGCAUUACAUAUGUGUCACCCUGUUUGGCAGGAUGCACCACCUCCACUGGACAAGGCAAAAACACGGUUUUUCACAACUGCAGCUGUGUGUUAACCCCCUCACCAGCAGAGGGCAGCAGAUCUGUGUCUCUGGGACAGUGUCCUCGUGGGCCAGGAUGUACCCGGAGUUUCACCUCUUACAUGGCGGUGUCUGUCCUCAGCUCCUUCAUCAACUCUCUGAGCACUACUCCUGGAUACAUGAUCAUUAAACAAUGCAUCACACCUGAGCUUAAGUCACUGGCUUUGGGUAUUCAAACUCUUGUGAUGCAAACACUAGGUGGUAUUCCUGCUCCUGUAUAUUUUGGAGCUCUCAUUGACUCAACGUGUUUAAAAUGGGGAAUAAAGAGCUGUGGGGUCAGAGGAGCCUGUCGUAUGUACGACUCAAAUAUGUACAGAGUGAUCUUCUUGAGCCUGACUACAUGUUUAAGUGGAUGUUCCUACUUCUUCAUCAUUGCUGUCAUUGUGCUUCUGCGGAAGCAGAUUAGAAAAGAAGUCAAAGCAUUUCAGCAAACAGCCAGGAAGCGAAAUGAAACCGAACUUCAGUCUCCAGAGAUGUGCCACCCUGAUGGACCCAAAACUGAUACCGAUCCCAGAGAAAAAACAGAAAGCACCAAUACUGAAUGUUAGCGAUGAGCUAUCAUCUUUUGUAGCUCUUUCAGGGAAUUUAGGAGAUAGUGCUGACACUGUAAAUUAAUGGCAGAAGAACUACUAAUAAAAUCAUUGACCAGGGCUGUGUUUCCCAA